GAACAUAAACCAAACUAACAAAAGCUGAGAUAAAGGCAAGAGCACACAAGUUCAAUAGAUAUGGCCAAUUCUAAUCAUUGGUCAUCUUUACUUGUGUUGGUCUUGGCCUUGCAUGUAGCUGCUGCUCAUACAAGUGCCCAGUACACAUACACUCCACCAUCAUCACCACCGUAUGUUUACAAAUCUCCUCCAAUACCUCCAUAUGUCUAUAGCUCUCCACCACCACCUCCUUAUGUCUAUAGCUCUCCACCACCUCCGCCAUAUGUUUACAAGUCUCCACCACCACCACCCUAUGUCUACAGGUCUCCACCCCCACCUCCAUAUGUUUACAAGUCUCCCCCUCCUCCUCCAUACGUCUACAGCUCUCCACCACCUCCUCCUUAUGUUUACAAGUCUCCCCCUCCUCCUCCAUACGUCUACAGCUCUCCACCGCCUCCUCCAUAUGUUUACAAGUCUCCCCCUCCUCCUCCAUACGUCUACAGCUCUCCACUACCUCCUCCUUAUGUUUACAAGUCUCCCCCUCCUCCUCCCUAUCCAUACGUCUACAGCUCUCCACCACCUCCUCCAUAUGUUUACAAGUCUCCCCCUCCUCCUCCAUACGUCUACAGCUCUCCACCACCUCCUCCAUAUGUUUACAAGUCUCCCCCUCCUCCUCCAUACGUCUACAGCUCUCCACUACCUCCUCCUUAUGUUUACAAGUCUCCCCCUCCUCCUCCAUACGUCUACAGCUCUCCACCACCUCCUCCAUAUGUUUACAAGUCUCCCCCUCCUCCUCCAUACUCUCCCCCUCCUCCUCCAUACGUCUACAGCUCUCCACCGCCUCCUCCAUAUGUUUACAAGUCUCCCCCUCCUCCUCCAUACGUCUACAGCUCUCCACCACCUCCUCCAUAUGUUUACAAGUCUCCCCCUCCUCCUCCAUACGUCUACAGCUCUCCACUACCUCCUCCUUAUGUUUACAAGUCUCCCCCUCCUCCUCCAUACGUCUACAGCUCUCCACCGCCUCCUCCAUAUGUUUACAAGUCUCCCCCUCCUCCUCCAUACGUCUACAGCUCUCCACCGCCUCCUCCAUAUGUUUACAACUCUCCACCACCUCCUCCAUAUGUUUACAACUCUCCACCACCUCCUCCUUAUGUUUACAAGUCUCCCCCUCCUCCUCCAUACGUCUACAGCUCUCCACCGCCUCCUCCAUAUGUUUACAAGUCUCCCCCUCCUCCUCCAUACGUCUACAGCUCUCCACCACCUCCUCCAUAUGUUUACAAGUCUCCCCCUCCUCCUCCAUACGUCUACAGCUCUCCACCACCUCCUCCUUAUGUUUACAAGUCUCCCCCUCCUCCUCCAUACGUCUACAGCUCUCCACCGCCUCCUCCUUAUGUUUACAAGUCUCCCCCUCCUCCUCCAUACGUCUACAGCUCUCCACCGCCUCCUCCAUAUGUUUACAAGUCUCCCCCUCCUCCUCCAUACGUCUACAGCUCUCCACCACCUCCUCCUUAUGUUUACAAGUCUCCCCCUCCUCCACCAUACGUCUACAAGUCUCCCCCUCCUCUUCCAUAUGUCUACAGCUCUCCACCACCAUCCCCGUAUGUUUACAAAUCGCCACCAUCUCCUCCUUAUGUCUACAGCUCUCCACCAGCACCUCCAUAUGUAUACAAGUCGCCACCGCCUCCCCCAUAUGUUUACAAUUCUCCACCUACAAGCUAUAGCUAUAGCUCUCCCCCUCCUCCAAUAUACUAACCAAACAUUUACAAAACUUAAAAAGAUUGAUAUUUUUGUUUAGCGAUUAUGAAACAAAAUAUUUCCUUUCUACAUUAUCAUAAAUAAAAUAUGUAUUAUUUGGUUUAGAUCCAAGUGCAUUAUUGUUGUAUGAUUUCUUGUUUGAAUUUUGUUGUCUUCCUCUUUAAAAGAUCAAUGUUCUUCUAGUCUAUUUGUAUUUAUUUAAAAGUCUUAAUAAAUUUUUUAUUGAAUCA